AUGCAGUUACCACUUUCCGGCAAAACGGCCCUUGUGACUGGUGGUAUUAGGGGAAUUGGUCGAGGCAUUUCCCUUGAGCUCGCCCGCCGAGGUGCCAACGUUGCUAUGGUCUAUGCCAACCCGAGCCGUGAGGAGACUGCAAAGGAAGCAGUCAAAGAAAUCCUUUCACUUGGUUCUGGUGCAAUGGCGGUUAGCAUUUUGGCCGACUUGAAGAUCUUCAGCAGCUAUCAAAAAAUUAUCGAUGUAGCGCUGCAAGAAUUGGGUGGCGAAAACAUUGAUAUUGUUGUUCACAAUGCGGCUGUCGCAUCACCCGUAUCGACCGAAAAUACAACUGAGGAGCUUUACGACGAUACGAUGGCGACAAACCUGCGAGCUCCAUUUUUUCUUACGCAGACACUACUGCCAUAUAUACCGCGUGGAGGGCGCAUUAUUCUUAUUUCAUCCAUUGCAGCUAGGCGGUUUUCUUUUGGGAUGCAUCAAACAGCUUAUGCUAUUAGUAAGGCAGCUAUCGAGGCACUCGCUAGAAGUUGGGCUGUCGAGUUUGGCCAAUCUCGCGGUAUUACUGUCAAUGCGUUAUCGGUUGGGUUUGUUGAAACGGAAUUAGUGCAGAGCCUCUCCCCUGAGAGCCUUGAUGCAUACCGCAAAGAAAAUGCACGUGUGACCGCAGCAGCUCCAAGGAGCGGCACGCCAGACGACAUUGCCCAAAUAGUGGCCUUCAUUGCCAGCGAAGGGUCUCGCUGGGUGACUGGAAGUACCAUUUCAGCUAGCGGUGGGAAAUGGCCAAUUUAG